AUGAAUAACCGAACACUACUUCGACGACCUUCAUGGCUUCCUUGUCCAACCGACAACACCUAUUAUAUUGGUGCUUCUGAAGUCACGGACGAAGCUUGGGACGAUAUCUUUGAAGCCCUAUCCGAGUACCCGGAACUUAACACUGAACAUUACCAGAUUGGCAACCCUUCCACAGAAAGUUACAUCGCUGACAGACUUGGAUGCCUUUUACCCAAGGAAGAUUAUCAGUACAGCUGUGAACAAGUCUCGAUUUGGAAAUCUCUAAUGGCUAGUCCCAUGACUGUGCCCAACGAGGAUUUGCAAAAGAUCAUUCCUUUGGGAAAGGUUGACUUAUCAACUCUACCCAACUAUGAACGUCGCUUUUUCGUGUCUACUUGGACAAUGUCUGUUUCCCAGUAUCACAUCCUCGCCGACCACUUAAAGAGUGAGGAAAGAACUUUCGAAGAAUUAGAUGUCUGGGGUACAUUCAUUGAAGACGAGGAGCUUGAGCCUACUGCUACAAUAUUCAUUCGCUACAUAGGAUUUUGCGGCACCCUUGAAGCGCCAAUUGAGCCCAUGGCGGAUAUCUAUCACCAAACAGAAGAUGUCAGAUCCGGAAUCCUAGCUGAUUUUCUGAAGGCCCUUCUUGCCGUUCUCCCAGCUGUCGCAGCAAAGCGUGAAUGCCACGUGAUCCGACACGAAUUAGCCACAUGGUACUGGGAUGAAGAAGAUGGUAAAAGGUUCCCCGAGUUGGCGCAUUCAGUACUAAUUGAGUUUUUCGGCGCUUCUUCACUUCUUAACCGUCACCCCGAUUUUAAGUUGUCUCAAUGUCUCGCUGAACGCAGCUCCAUGUUAGCCAGCCUCAAUCUGGGGUUUGACAGCAGUGUUAUUGAGGGCAGAUACAACUGUCCCGUAUCAAUAUUGUCGGAGCUACAGACGCAUUUCAUGAAUAUGAAGAGUUAUUUUGCCAGUGGUGCUGCCCCGGGGAAGUACUCACCCCUGGGUGUGUUAUGGCUAGAUGACGCCAAAUGUGCAGCACUGCUUGGUCAAUCUAUGCCACGAUUCUACAAAUCGGAUCGAGCUAUUAUGGUUGUUGCAGCACGCGGCUUGCACAUCAAUGAUUAUUUACACGGUCGCCCUUUCUCCUGCAGCCACGACCUGGACAAUCGAUUAAUUGGUCAGCUACUUAAGCAGUUCAAGGAUCUAGAUCUGCGUGCAAUGCAUGCAGCACCGUUCGCAUACUACUGUUUAGCCCCCUGGCCAAAGCGCGAUUCUCUCAAGGAGGCUGUUGUCACCUUCGGCAAAGAGAUGGCGGCAAUUAUCGUCAGGGAGUCUGGCUUUUAUGGUCCUUACACCACUCAAGUAUUCCUCGAUGAAGCUGGCCAGCCGAUUCAAAGACGCAUCGGUCGCCACCAUUUCAUUCAUGUGCCACUGCUGGACCCCAGCCGAUGCCGCUAUGGUGAAGAUUCCGUGGAUGAGGCUGCUCAACGCUUCAUGCAGACCUCCUUCUGGAACGCCAUGCUUAUUGGCGAUAUGAUCAUGCACGUCCUUGAUGACGAAGAGGCCAUCCAGAAAGAGAUGAACAGACUGGAUGAGAAGCGUUCAAAUGACCGCAUCACCGGCUAUCUGUUGGGGAACGAAAGGGACCUGUGCGAACCAGAUGAUGAUGUAGAUUCCCCUGCCGCUGGACUUGCCGAGCACAACGAUUCGCCGGCCAUCUGCUCCCUAGCCAUGCAGUUGUACCAGGAAUCAUUGACUGCCACUGACUGGGGUGAAGAAUUUUCUGCAGAAUUCGAUCAAGAUGCCAGAGCGCUGGCCGAGGUGGUCGAGGAGGUGCCUCAGUUCAUUCCGUGAUCAUCAGUUGCACGCCCUUCACCCAUUUGCACCCAAAUGACGCUUGAUUGUUUACCCCUUAACCUGCUAUUGUUAUAUGUUCGAAGAAAUGGUAUAGCCAUCAUUGUCCUUUGCAAUGCUCGGACUUUGGCCUUCGACAUACAAAAUCCUUUUCCUUGAUUUUCUUUUAGGUUCGACACAGGGCCCUGCCUAUGAGGUAACCGACAUGGGCUUCUUGUUAAAAGAGUAGCCGUGAAUACUGGCUGCGUUGGGCUGACUCUCUAGUAUAUUGCGUUUCAUCUCUCUACCCUUCUCGUGUUGUCUCAGGCAGACUCCUGGUGAAGACAACUUGCCCAGCAUACACAUUGCAGUGUCCAUGAGGCAAUGAUCUUGAUAUGAAAAUUUGUGUGGUGGAAUUUCCUUUCGUUUCGGGUUGCCCGUUACCUGCCUACUUUCUACAUCGAUAGGUAGAGACCCAAUAAAAAUGCCAGAUUGAUCUAUGACCUUCCGUAUUUGUACUG